AUGGCAACAUUAUUCCAUAGUUUGGGCCCGAAUGAUGUAGCUGAUAUUGAAGGGUUUAAAAUGGCAGCAGCACUAAAUCCCUCAACACAAGACGAGUUGAUGUGCGAUAUUUGCUUUCACAUAUUUCCAGACUGGCACACACUACAGCGACAUAGACUGGUACAUUCUGGGGACAAAAUGUCGUACAAAACCGGGAGUAGGUCAAGAAGAACACGUUGCAGGAAUUUCCAAUGCGAGCUCUGUCCGAAAAUGUUCACUGACAGAUGGAAUCUACAACAACAUCAACGCGUACAUACUGGAGAAAGACCGUACGCCUGUGAGAAAUGUGGCCGGAAAUUUGCUAAGAAGUAUAACAUGCAGUCACAUAUGGCGAUUCAUUUUACUGACAUAUGA